AUGGACGGAUUGAAUGUAGAGCUGCAGCGCAGGUCAUUCGAGGACAGCCUGAGCGAGGACAGCCUGAGUGAGGAGGACAGCUUGAGCGAGGACAGCUUGAGCGAGGAGGACAGCUUGAGCGAGGAGGACAGCCCGAGCGAGGACAGCCUGAGCGAGGACAGCCUGAGCGAGAAGGACAGCUUGAGCGAGGACAGCCUGGGCGAGAAGGACAGCUUGAGCGAGGACAGCCUGGGCGAGGAGGACAGCUUGAGCGGGGACAGCCUGAGCGAGAAGGACAGCUUGAGCGAGGAGGACAGCUUGAGCGAGGACAGUCUGAGCGAGGACACUGAUUAUGUUGGCCCAGAUUGAAUGUGUCUGGAUUCUCUGGUUGGACAGCCCCGGAUGCUUUGGUUGUUUUGAUCGUGAAGCUCCGGUUGUUUUGAUCGUGAAGCUCCGGAUCUAUUGCUGCUGUCCUCCCAACGGACUGAGAAUUUACGCUGGCUUAAGUGCUUUCCUC